AUGGCAGCAAAGGAGAAGGUUCAGAGGGGCAUUGGGGAGCUGCAAGAAGGCGUCCCAACUUUUGACGAAUGCGUAGCCGAGGGAGGCUCAGACUGUGCUCCAGAAAAACUCUGGCUUCAAAUCCCGUUCUUCUGUGGCCACAGCUCGGAAUGCUGGAAUGUGGGGAGCAGAUGGGCCAUGGAUCAAGCCAAAUAUAAUUUGAUUAAUGAAUACUUUUUAGUGGGAGUCACUGAAGAGCUCGAAGACUUUAUCAUGCUACUGGAGGCAGCUCUGCCCCGUUUCUUCAAGGGGGCCACAGAACUCUAUCGGACAGGAAAGAAAUCUCAUCUUAGGAAAACCACAGAGAAGAAGCUCCCUACCAAACAAACCAUCGCAAAGUUGCAACAGUCUGACAUCUGGAAGAUGGAAAACGAGUUCUAUGAAUUUGCCCUGGAACAAUUCCAGUUCAUCCGAGCCCAUGCUGUUCGGGAAAAAGAUGGGGACUUGUACAUCCUUUCACAGAACUUUUUCUAUGAAAAGAUCUACCCCAAAUCGAACUAAGAGCACCGCGUUCCUACUAGAUCCAUGGACUGAAAGCUUGGCCACCACUCCUCCUGGGUUCUCAACUCUCGAAUCCAGAUUGUUGGCAAGCCUGUGAGAUGAUUUACCAUUGAGCUGAGGUCUGGGCUGUGAAGGACAUCAAACAAGCAAGUGGACCACGACUGGAGAUACCAGCCUUCCAAGAAGCUUAAGCUUCAGAGCUUUUCUUCAGCCCAGCCUUUGGGUUGGGCUAAUAGCCUCCUGUCUAAAGAAAACUACACAUUUGUUUACCAAAAUUAAUACACAGCAGAGUUCGAGUUGAUGGUAAAAUUUCAGAAAAGUAUCCUGUACUCUGCUUUUGAUUCUCAGAGCAGUUGUCUUUGCCCAAGACAUCCAUAAAGAAGAAACCAUCUAUCUCCCUCACCUUCCCAUGGAGAUUUAGACUAUAUGGUCUUUAAUGAAUAGUGUUAACGACUGGUUGGCCUCUCGUACUUUGUUAUUGUGAAUAACGUCAACUUAGAAUGUCCAAUAAUGUUUGCUGAGAAAUGUGGCUGCUGCUGUUGGAUUUGCCCAUAUUUAUAUAGGUUUUAAUAAAAAGAGAAUGUCCAAUUGUGAGUGUUAAGAAGGAAUUAAACCCAAUAAUGUAAACAGAGAAUCAAAGCAGUAUUUCUUACUCCUCCCUCCAUCUCCUUAACAACCGUGGUUGGGAAAGCUCAUCAAAGAAGGAUGUUGUUUUAGUUCAGACUUACACAUUGAUGUUAAAAGCGACUUAAUUAUCUAUUCCUCUCAAAAUGAUUUGUAAUGGAUAUAUUGGCAGUUCCAUAUUAUAACUCCAUUGGUGAGCUGUGGUAUGGUUGGGAUUUUCCUACUACUUCUAUACUUUUACCUGUAGAAUAUUUUUACUAAGGUGCUUUUUAAUGUGUUUUAAAGCAUUGCAUUUACAAAGCAGUCAAAUGCUGUAAAUAUUGCAUAUUUUAUGUAUUUGGACCAAAAGGCUACAAGUAACUAGUUUAAAGUGGUUUUGCACCAAUUUUGUUAUGUCAAGUGAAAUCAUCCCAUCUGCUGUUCUAUUUCUCAUUCGGGUCAGCUAACUGUUGGACAUAACUGAAAUGCACUUCAACAAUUUUGAAUGUUAAUACAGAAAGCACCAGGCAGGCCAGGUGGAAGCAGAAGGUCAUAGUGGAAAGAGCCCUGGACUCAAGAGUCAGAAGACAUGGGUUAUGGUCCUGGCUUCAAAAAUACCAUGUGACCAUAGGCAAGUCACUUAAACGUCAUGAGCCUCCAUUUUCUGAUCCAUAAGAUGUGGACAAUAAUACCUUCCCUUACUUACUUCAUAGGGCUGUCAUGAGCAUCCAACAGAAUUGGUGAGAGCGUUUUGGAACUUGUAAAACACUAUGGAACCAUAAGUCAUUAUAAAAGUUAUUUUUUAAAAAAAACAUUCAUAACAUGAAAUAUUUCACCAUUCAUCCUCCAUUAUUUGGGGGGAAGAGGGAGAAGAUUCCACCUGUAAGCCGUUUGGAAGAAAUACACUGAACUUGAUCCUGAUUCAUGUUGGAUAGAAUUCCUCUCACAUUGUCCUGCACUUCAUGUUUCGGCAGCUAUUGAAAUGUGAAAUCAACUGGUGGACUUUUAAACCUAUUAAGAUUCACAAACAGCUGUUUGGAUUCAGGAGGUGCCCAGUUUAAAAGAAACAUGGUUAGCUGAUCAUGGGAGGGGAGGGGAGAAUGAAACAAAGUUUGUCAUCCAGAAUGUGAAAGAUUUCCCAGUUUUGUUGUACAGUCAUAAUCAAUGCAUAUUUUUCUAUUUACCAUUUCUAAAAUAUGUAUUGCUGAGUUUGACUUCCCUAUUCCCCAUUUACUCUCUCCCCCAUCUUGGAAAAGGAGCCUUUUGAUAAAAUGUUUUAAGUAAACAUGGCCAAGGAAUGCCUCACUCCAUCAUAUGAAAGCAUUUUGAAUGUUGCCCUAAAGAAUAUUUUUACCUGUCAAAAAUGGGUACUAUGAUCAGGACAAAACUUACAAAGACAUUUGAAAGAAAAAUGCAGGAGGGGUAGGAGUAUUAAAAAGAAACACUUAAAAAAUGUAAUCACAUCAGAAUGCUGAAAAGUCAUUGCUGGGUACAUGGUGUUUUUUGACUGGUCUCAUUUUCCAUUUAUUUAUUGGCAGGAGAUGUGGCACACAAAUUGUUUCCUUGGCAACAGACAGAAAAAUAGUGCCCCCCCCCCAAGAAAACCCUUCAUUUCUAAACAGGAACAGAUCUAAGGUAGAUCUGUCACAAAGUUUACAUAAAUGCUAGACCACAACCUUCAGAUGGGCAGCAUGUGACUGGAGGGCAAGCAGAAGACUUGCAGGGGUGAAUCAGCUCUUUCAUAUAACCAUGGUAGCCCUGAGGACAUUAGAAGCAUCAUUAUGAACUAGUACUCUAUUGGCUUCAAAGAGUUAAUGUACUCUCAAAAGGCCCUGACUUCCAUCUAAAGGAUAACUGAUGGACCCAAAAGGUUUCUGCCACAAUUUCACAAAUUUUGAUGGUUGGGUUGCAUCCAAGUAAAUUAUUUCCUUUCCCUGAUUUAAUACACAGUUUUCAAAGUGGUGGCAUUUAUGGCCUCAUAUGUCCAGGGUGACUUUGGCAUGGUCCUGCCAGGAGUUGGGGGAAGUGGCCUCAGUGACAUCUCAUGGUCCAAGCCAGCCCAUUUCUGCAAAUGCUGCAGAUUUCCUUAUGAUUCCAAAGCAGGGGACCGAGAUUUGUAAUAAAUUCAGUACCCUCAACUGCUGAAACAAUAAUGUAUUUUUUUAAAGUGGCAAAUGUGGGUUUUUUCCAGCCUCUGCUCUUUGUCAGUAUUUUUGACCAUAGGGAAAUACUUUUUUUAAUAUAUGAAAGUGAAUUAACCACUUUGCAUUUUAAAAGACAAUGUUAUAUGUUAUAUGUAUAUGUGUGUGUAUAUAUAUGUCUAUAUACAUAUAUAUGUUUAUUUCCUAGGAGAGGAAAAGAUAACCUCUUUGUUCAGAUUGUUUUAACUUCUAUUUUCUAAUUGCUCCAAAAUGACACCGUCAAUAAAUUUAUGUGACUGUUUUCAACUCUAAUGGGGAAGAUCAUAUGGAUUUUGCCUAGCUUUAAUGUGUAAAAUAUCCCUUUACCUGAUAGUAAGAAUAAAAGAGAAUGCACAGGGAUUCCUUUUAUAUCACCUGUGUAUGCAGUAAUACAAGUUGCAGAAUUUUGGAUGCCUCUGAAUUCCUGGUAAUCAGAUUUAAUCUAAUGAAAAAAAUCAAAGAGUGUUUUCAAAGGAUCAGCUUUAUAUAUUUUAGUUGUUCUAUUUUCAUUUUUUUUUCAGUUAAAUCUUGUCAUUUGAAAUUCAUAAUUGCUUUUGUCCCAUAAAUGACAUUGACAAAAUCACUAAGCUUGUUAGUGUUUUUUCAUGACAAACCACAUUUUUACACUGCAGAUGAUUUUCUCAUUGUUUGCAUAAUCAGAAAGAACUUAGUUCCAUAGACAGUAAUAUUCUCCUGUUGCUCUCUCCCUCUUUUUUGCAAAAUAUCUUUAGACAUGAAAGAAGUUAAAUUAACAGGUAAUUCCUGAAAUGGAUUCCUGUUAUUUGAACUUUUCAAUCAAACUUUCCAUUAAUGAAAUUUCUAGGACUCAGCUAGACUCCCAUUUGCUGUUUUCAGAAUGAAAAUUCUGCGGGCCUCCAAUCCACAGCUUGUGAGAAGCCUCUCAAAGGCCCAUUUCAUGAGGCUCACCCUUGAGAGGUUGAGAUGUCCCUGUCUUUAUGUUACAAAAGUUUCUCUCUGCAUUAAGUAGUGCUGGGGCACUUAGCUAGAAUUUUUUUUUUAAUUGAUUUCCCUGGUAUUAAAAACGGUUUGUGUGUGUGGUGCUGACUACAGUAAGCUCACACAGUCUGCUGAAAUGGCCUGUUGUUUCCAAUGCACUGCCAACUUAGCUGCGUCAGAGUGGAGCUUAUGACUGCUGCCCAGUGACUUGGAGAGAUGCUGAAGUGGGGCCUUGGGCUAGCCCGGCAGACAGAUAAUCGGACGUGCUGAGCUCGUGUAGUUGGGUGACAUUAACAGCACUGUUUAGAAAACAGGUCCUCUUGGUCAAGAUGCCUUCCUAGCACAUCCAUUACAAACCUGCUGUUUAGGCAUCAGUGCUGUCUCCCGGGUUCUUUGGGACCUUGCCUUUCGUGGCGAGAGUCAGGUGUGGGAGCGUCGAAUGUAACUUUGAGAAACAUGGAUUGUGCUUCAUGACUUUUAUUUUAAAACUACACAGACAGCUAAAUAGUGCCUUUUUUCCUCACAAUCCAUGUUGUAAGAUGUCCACUCCCCUCUGUCUCUCCCUUUCUCACUCCCUUGCUCCCUCCCUCACCAUGGAUUCAUUUGUGCAAUACUAUUCCAACUUGAAACCAUUCUGUCACUUCUGUUGGAAAUAUAAUCACUCGUUCUUAACCCAGUGCCAGCUUUCUGUUGUUGAAGUGUUUCGGUUGAUUUCCUGAUGCAAAUGCUAUUAAAAUAAACAACCAGUGGGAAGGGAAAAAC